ACGUCAUUGUAAAUUGAAAUUGAUUGAAAAACAAACAUGAGAAAUUUUAUUUUCGAUUGCGAUGUAUUUCUUUAUUUAUUUUAUACUAAGACGUCACUAUUUUCAAUAAACACCAGCGAUAAGAUAACACCAAGGUUGUGUUAGUGUUGUUCUGUUGCUAAUGUGAUUAACAUCUGAAAAAAAAAACAGAGGAUCGUAAGCAUGUCGCUAAAAACUGCUUUAUUAAAACACCUAUUAAGGCAAAGUAAAAUUAGUAGCUGUGCUCCGAUAGUGUUCCAGUAUCAUGGACAUUAUAAACACACACAAACAGAUAAAGAUAAAUGGAAGCUGGGAAGAAGUACAGCGUUUGCUAUACUGGGAUCUGUUCUUGUGGGAUCUGCUACAAAUGCGAAAAAGAAGGGAAGCGAAGGAGAUGUCACCGAACCUGGUGCAAAAAGAGAAGAUUUGCCUAUUUACACUGCAGAGGAAGUCAGUAAACAUGAUAACAAGAAAAGUUUCUGGGUGACAUACAAGCACGGCGUGUAUGAUGUGACUACUUUCCUACCCUCCCACCCUGGGGGGGAGCAGAUCUACAACGCAGCUGGUCUGAGCAUAGAGCCUUUCUGGAAUGUGUAUGGCAUGCAUAAAACUGAGGAGGUGUUCAAGCUUCUAGAGAGCUACAGGAUAGGUAACCUCCACGAGGGUGACGUGGUGGACCACAGCGACGACGAGCUGUGGGCCAAGGAGCCGUUCAGGGACAAGCGACUGGUCGUGAAGACAGCUAAGCCCUUCAACGCGGAGAUCCCGCCCAAGCUACAGGUGCAGCACUUCAACACGCCCAACGAACUAUUCUACGUGCGCCAGCACAUGCCGGUGCCGGACCUGGACGCGGAGCAGCACAAGCUGAAAGUGGUGCUGGUGGGCUCGAGCACCAUCGUGCGCGAGUUCAGCCUGCAGGACCUGCACCGGUUCCGCCCCGCGACUGUCAACGCGGCGCUCAUGUGCGCCGGCAACAGGCGCAGUGAGAUGAACGAGGUGAAGCCGGUGAAAGGCCUGAGCUGGACCACCGGCGCCGUCAGCAACGCGCAGUGGAGCGGCGUGUACCUGCGGGACGUGUUGGAACACUGCGGACUCGACAUGGAAGACGUGGAAGGAAAGCACGUCAUCUUCACAGGGGCGGACAUAGACGCGACGGGCGAGCACUUCUCCACGUCCAUUCCGCUGCGCAUGGCCGUGGACCCCGCGGCGUGUGUGCUGCUGGCCACGGGCAUGAACGGCGCCGCACUGCCGCCCGACCACGGCCGCCCGCUGCGCGCCGUCGUGCCCGGCGCGCCCGCCGUGCGCAGCGCCAAGUGGCUGCAAUCAAUCACGGUGUCCACGGAAGAGAGUCCGUCGCACUGGCACCAGAGGGACUACCGCUCCUUCAACCCGAGCACCACGUGGGAGACGGCCGACUUCCCCGCCGCGCCGCCCGUCUACAGCCUGCCCGUCACCUCGGCCGCCUGCGAGCCGGAGGACGGCGACACCGUCGAGCCCGUCGACGGACACAUCCAAGUUAAAGGCUACGCGUACUCCGGCGGCGGCGCCAAGGUCCUGCGCGUGGACGUGAGCGCGGACGGCGGGCGCACGUGGCGCGAGGCGCGGCUGCGCAGCGACGGCGCGGCGCCGCGCGCGCACUACGCGUGGACGCUGUGGACCGUCGCGCUGCCCGUGCACGACGCCAAGCAGAUGGAAAUAUGGGUGAAGGCUACCGACAGCAACUUUAACACCCAGCCGGAGAAGUUCGACGACAUUUGGAACAUCCGCGGCAUACUCAGUAACGCUUACCACAAGAUUAAAGUUAACAUUAAACGUUGAUGCCACACUAUUCCUUACGCGCGUACACAGAUAUACGAAUAUUGUGCGAAUUAAAUAGCACGACAUCUUCCAACAUUUAUAAAUCUAUUCCUAAAUGGCGCGUCCUAUUCUUAAACUUCUUACUAUUAAAAAAAUUACCAGUUCAAGACUUGCUCGCUCGCAAUCGAGGAGUCGUUAAAGAGUAUCGAAAUAUGUGAACAUAGAAGUAAAAUGGAUCUUAUCAAAUUGAGUUAAAGCUCAAACUUGCCUACAACUCAGGAGGAGUAAAACGACGUACAUCAAGCCCAUUUUACUUUGAAGUCGGUUUAAUAUGUCAAAACAACUCGAUUGCGAGCGAGGAAAUCUUGUACUGAAAAAUGAACAAGAAUCAGCUUUCCGAACCCGGUGGUCACUAAUAAUAGACAGACAUGACGUUUCAAAAUUGUUUAUAAAGUUAGUCUACUUGUAACAAAUAAUUUUUAAUGAAAUAAAUAAGGUAUCACGACUUAUUUUCAACCUUCUGUGCAAACCGAAGUAAAUUGGUCUGUCUGCCUGUCCAGCUGUUUAAACAGACGUUUAAAUGAAUUUACUGUUUGGAAUGUGAUUUUUAGAUUAAAAAGAGUUUCUAAUCCCUAUGGAUCGUCGGUAUGAUUAAUACUCGUAAAUAUCUCCUGAUCCAGUUGAGGCUUAUCCGAUCUAGGCUAACGUCUUUUUUAUUUUCACUUGUUAUAAUAAGCUGUAAGGGCAGGAUUAUCUAAAUAAGGUUGUGUUGAUAUUUUAUAUUUGUAAGGACUAAUAUUCUAUGCCAAAUAAUGACAAUUGAAAAUCACAAUUAUUAAAAGAAUUAAAUUCGACAUAAAGUUUUUUUGUAGCCUGUUUAUAAGAUAUAGUUAGAUAUAGACUUAAUUGUUCCACGAAUUUUGUAUUUUACUAAAAUUUUUAUUACUUGUCUGUGUGUGAACAUUUAGACAGCGCACGCGGAUAAAGCAGCUCCUUAGCGGCUUUCUCUACAAAUAUGUACCAUUAUUAGAGGCUGAAUAAAUGUUACGUCUGGAUAUAAUACUUAUCUAAUGGUGAAAGGAUUAUUAAAAUGAAUUCAGUAGUGUCAGUAUUACUUAAUCGAGACAAAUACAAAGAAAUCGUUCCUUUUUAUAAUAUAAGAAUAGAUUAAGCUAUAUAAAGACUCCCACUGUAGACAUUAAAUUAAUGAGGCAUCGAAACGGCCGAGGCUAUUAUUUUGUUAACUUAAAUUGAAUAAUAAAAUGUAAUUGAUGUUUUAAGCCAAAUAAUAGAUACUUGCUUUUUAUACAGUAGAAAUGAAUAAAAUAUGGGUGAAUCAGAAAUCUGUGUGAUACAUUAUUUCUUAUAGGUAAUAAGGAUUACUUAGAGCGAUAGAAUCGUGAGUUUUUUCUCAUCAAUUAAAAAUAUUUUCAAAAUCAUAAA